AGACGUAGAAGGGAGUGCGAGCGGGGCGGUGGCGGGAAUGGGGAACAGCCGGCUCUUCCUUUUCCCAAGGAGACCCCUUCUGUGGUUGGCCCUGCUCCCGCUGGUGGCUGCUGCUCAGCUGCCUCUGGUGAUCAACACCUGGGCGUUUGGGAAGGCGACAGAGACAGCUUGGAACACCUUACAAGGAGGAGGUUCAGAAUUGGAUGCAGUAGAAAAAGGCUGUGGCCAAUGUGAGAUUGACCAAUGUGAUGGAAGUGUGGGGUAUGGAGGAAGUCCAGAUGAACAUGGAGAAACAACAUUGGAUGCCAUGAUUAUGGAUGGUAACACUAUGCAGGUUGGAGCAGUAGCUGAUCUCAGGCGCAUUAAAAAUGCCAUUGGUGUGGCACGAAAAGUGAUAGAACAUACCAGACAUACCUUACUGGUUGGGGAGUCAGCCUCAAUGUUUGCUGAAAGUAUGGGUUUUCCAGCUGAAGACUUGACUACACAUAAUUCUCUUUCAAUAUAUUUAAAGUGGCUUAACCGAAGUUGCCAGCCCAACUUCUGGAAGAAUGUUACACCAGAUGCUUCAAAAUCAUGUGGCCCAUACAAACAGACUGGAAAGUUCAGUAAGGAGGAACAAAAUGUCCUGGAGAGAAGCAUACAAGUUCAGAAUCAUGAUACUAUUGGCAUGAUUGUGAUUGGGCAGACUGGAAGCAUUGCUGCAGGGACAUCCACAAAUGGAGCAGACCACAAAAUUCAAGGACGUGUAGGUGAUUCCCCGAUAGCUGGAGCUGGGGCAUAUGCUGAUAGUACAGCUGGAGGUGCAGCUGCUACCGGAGAUGGGGAUGUUAUGAUGCGCUUCUUGCCCAGCUAUCAAGCAGUGGAGUAUAUGCGAACAGGAAUGGAUCCAACAAUGGCAUGCCAAAAAGUUAUAUCUAGGAUUCGGAAGUAUCAGCCCUCCUUCUUUGGUGCUGUUAUCUGUACCAACAUGACUGGAAGUUAUGGUGCUGCCUGCAAUAAACUUCCAGGAUUCACACAAUUUCAUUUUAUGGUUUCUAAUCCCACUUUGAAGCAACCCUCGGAGCAAAUCAUAGACUGCAUUUAACAUUUCACCCCUCUUAGCAACAUGACUUACACUUAGCAUAGUAGGAAAGAAGGGGAGACUCACAAUGCAACUCUGUACACUUCAAGUGAGUUUAGUAGGAUUUAUCCUAAGAAAACAAAUAUAAUAUCACUGCCUAAAUUAAAUUUUGAGAGGAAGCAAAUUUAUACCAUAAUCCCUAUUUUAAUUAAAUUCUUAUUUCCUGCAUGGCCAGUACUUAUGUACCACACAAUUUUAGGUUGCCAAUGCUUUUGUAAAGUUAAAAUAGAUAGGCGAAAGUUUUAUGAAAGCAGGCUUCUGCUCUUGUAGCAGGAAUUUCUCUCCAUAUUUAGACUUAUGCCCCAUAUCUAAGAAAUCUCAUUAUGUAUGUAUAUGCAAAUGCAGGUAUUUCAAAAUUUAAAAAAACUUGAAGUCCAAAAUCCCAUGCAAUUUGAAUAGGGAAUCUUAAUCCUGUAUUCUUCAUCUUGGUCUCUGUGAAAUUGCACAUAUGGGUUUCCUGUGCCUGCACAGUCAGUUUCGGAACUUGCUAGAAGCUCUUAUUAGAUACAUUUUGGCAGAGGCUCUGCUCACUCUCCCCUUGAUGGUAUAUAGCCAGUGGGAGGGGACACAGCUUCAGUUCCUUUUUUCCGCUGCAACUGCAGCAGCUAGGAACUUCUAUUUAUCUCGUAGACAGGCUUCUGACCGUUUUUUCUUUGUCAAUUUGAUCUGAUCAGCUUUCUAAAUUUUGGACUUGACUUUGGACUUCCCUCACUACUCUUUGCGCUGCGAUUCGGAGUUGACUCUCUAGUAAUUUCCCAGCUGACUUGGACUACUUGACCUCCCAUAUCUCUCAAGGGAUAUUCAUCCUGUAUUUCUACCUGUGGUUGCCAAAUCUGUAACCUUCCACAGCAUUUUGAGGUACACACAAGGGGGAGAGAUGAGAGUCCCCUUUAAGUGGCAUAUGGAAACUGUUAGUAAUUUGAUUUGCUGAAUUAGGCAACACUAAAGUUGAUACAUCAUUUCUCAAGUUCUGCUAAACCUGCCUGACAUUAACAGAAUUUGUCAAGACUUGGCUGCUUGAACAGAAGUCCACAAAAUCAUCUUCCUCCUUGGAUGGAUCAGCUGAAUUCCACAGUGAACGAUCUACUAUAGCUGAUUUCCUGCAGCGAUGAGGAAUAUCCCUGGAAAAGUCCCAAAAAAGGAGGCAUAUUGAAUUUCACAGGAAGAGUUAAAAUGCAAAUUAAGACAAUUUUUGGACAGUUUUCAGAACUGAUAUUAACAUUUGACAUAUGGCUGCUAAUUUCCUCCUUCCUUUUUCUCUUUCAGUUGAACUGGUCCUUUCUUACAUAAUUUCUGGUCUGAUGUCAGAGAAGCCAUUUAUGAAAUACAUUAAUCGUGAAUUUACAUGAAUUCUAGAAGUUUUACAUCAAUAUGAAAUGGUGGAUUCUGUUUUCCCCCAUAAAAUUCUUGAAUUAUUUUUUUUAAAAAACCAAGAAAUUCAAUGUUUUAUUCUAGCAUUUCUUAAAAUAAUGCAUUUUAAUCUGUGAUUGUGGUAUAGGUGAGCCAGUCCGGCACCUCUUACACACAAACAUGGGCAUUUACUAGCUACCAUUUGCAUUCCUGCCACACCAUUUUACAGUGUUACAGUUGUGUGUGUGUGUGUUUUCCUGUCAGGAACUACUUGGUGCAAGAGAAUUCACUGUCUGAAAGGACAUUGCCCAGGGGAUGCCCAAGUGGGUUUUUUAAAAAUAUAUUUUACCAUCCUUGUGGGAGGCUUCUCUUAUGUCCCCCCAUGGAGAGCUGGAGCUGACAGAGGGAGCUCAACCCACUCUCCUCGGUACUUGAACUGGUGACCUGUCAGUCAGCAGUCCUGCCAUCACAAGGGUUUAACACAUUGCACCACCAGAGUGCUAUAGUUGGGAUAAUAUUUCAGAGCUUUUGCAGACUCUUUACAUCUGGAUUAUAGCCAUGGAGAUGGUCAUGGUUUCCAAGCGCAGAACUGAUAGCAACUGAUUUUUCUCAUCCUAAUUUGUCCUGUAAUUCUAGUAAAAUUAAAUGCAGUAGCCUCAGCAAUAUAGGGGUGAGGACAUAUGGCAACCAAGAUUCUUUCUCAGGCUGUUGCUUGUUUUCUUCCCGUGUUCCCCAUAGCUCUUCAAAACACUUUAUUAUUCCUUCCUUUUGAGUAUCCAAACCUUUGGUCCAUAACAUUAAGCCAACCUUAAUGACAUGCUGGACCAAUAAACAGUGACUCAUACAUUCAUGAGUGGCCAUUAAACCAGGGUUCCUGACAACCCAAUAAAAUGGAAGUUUGUGUGUUAACCCUAACAUCUGAGAGCAAAGAAUGAGAUAAUAUUGUGUUUACACAAAGCUCUGAGGAAAGGCUCCACUUCUUGAAUAGUCAUUCAAGGUAAUUCAAUAUGCUUUGAACAUGGUCUUAUAAACAAGAGAAUGUAUGUGGCUCCUUUCCCAUGGCUACGGUCUCUCUCACCCACUGAAUACUUAAAUGUAUGAAAUUCAGAAUUAAGUUUUCCUUUUUUGUUUUUUUACUGAAUUCUUUCCUUGUUCUUUUUGUGAGCCUAUGUUUAUUCAUUUAUUUGGUGAGGUCCAUUCGUUGCUAGCCUGUCUUGCUGUAUAUUUAGAAUAUUGCUUAUUUUAUUUCAUGGAGGUCAAGUGAAGCUCUUCAUCAACAAUACAAUAUUUGGGACCACUUAAAAGCAGUUUCUUCUGGAUGGUGCAGAAUGUUAAUUUUUUCAACAAUUCUUCAGUUGGUAGAUAUAUUUUUGAACUUUCAACUUGAAAGACCUAGUUGAUCUUUAACAUUCACUUUAAAGAUGAAUGAGGAAAACCUGUUAGCUUAAAUGAACAUCUGAAUGAUUGACUCCUUGGAUUCUACAUGUGUCUUUGAAAAAAUGAAAAAUUACAUAAUAAUAAAUAUUUUAAUAUAUUUUAA